AUGACAAAGGCGGCAACAGCCGCUGGUGCCUCGACCCCUGCCCAGGCCUCCCCUUCAACAGUCCUAUCUCCGCCACCACCGCCACCUGCAGUGCCGAGAACUCGGAAGCAUCAGACACAGGUCCCACCGGGGCGCCUCGCGGCGAAACAGAGGUUCGUUCCACCCAAAGCGAUCGGCAAGGUCGAUUCACGGAACCCCACUCGUCAGGAGGCCGUGCCCACCCUGCGUCAUCCCCUGGUCCCCCUUGCUCUCGAAGCGACUUCCACUGCGGGCAUGACAGCCAACAGGAUCUCUCACGUCGGCAGCCAUUUUGUCAACCGCUUGUUUGCAAACCUCAACGCUGCUCGCACAUGCCCCGACUCAGGUCCGGCGACGUCAAAUACCGUUCGUGGCAUUCCGUCCCUCGCCUUCACUGGCUUCCAUGAGGAUAUCUAUUCAACAUCCAACGAGGACCUUCAAGUGGCUCUCCGGUGGUGGAUUUGGCGCAUGCACACGGCCUUGCAGCUGGGCUCGGGGGAAGCCUGGUCUGCUCAGGGUGGCGGUCUCGGCCUCCUCGGCCCGGACAUGACCACCUGGCCGCCGGUGGUCGCCUGCAAGCAGGUGGCCACUGGUAUAUUCUGUAUCACAACCUUGGAGCCUCCACGGCUGACAAUUUUGCCUGCUGAUGAGCAGACUGAUUCCAAGGCUGCCGCGAAGAAGGCCCCAAAGGCCGCUCGGCGGGCGAAAUCUAACCGCAAGUCAUCGGCGCCCACUGAACCCGUCAAGCCACUCACUGAGCUCAUCGCCGUCAAGUACUUGACUAUCGGUAUAACCGGAGAGGUCAUUGCCUGCUCACGUACACACACCGUUCCCGAGGCUGGCCAGGAAUACGCCGAUCAGCUAAUCGAGGAUUGUCCUGUCCGCCCCGACUGGCAUGCAUUUAUUUCGGCGAGGAAGCUUCCGGCGCCUUCCGAGUCGCCAACUCCUCAGCCGCUCAUCACGCUGGUCAAGACAAAGGACGCAAACGACGCUCCGCAUGGAAUCAGCAAGGCCUGGAGGACGCGGAUGGAGACGGCAAACCAAGCAAACGGAGCUUCCGAUCCAGAGGCGUUGGAUGUGGCGGCACGUGUUGUCUUGGCCAGCUGUGUGCUCAACAGCUUUUCUGGUGAGAAGCUGAGUACGAUGCAAAUGGACGCGGAAUGGCUCGGAAACGCCGUGGUGCUCGACCACAGUGCUCGCAAACGGGUGGACCUCUACCUUCCAGAGCCGCUGCAAAUCCUUAGCGUCCACCUCCCCCCUCCACCUUGCCACCCUGCCAUCGCCAUUGCUCAUCGGAGCUCGGGUCGGUCCGAUUACGUCCUGCGCGAGACUGGCCAAGUGAUCGGCGACGAGGACUGUGGUGUCGCCGAACUCUGGCAGGGAAUUCUCGGCUGCGACUACAAGGGCGCGGAGAAGGACGUGGGCGACUUUUGGGAGAACUGGCAAGACCGCAUAAUCGACAAUGAGGAGGAUUGCCGCGUGGUGGAAGAUGAUCAAGGGGGAGGUCCGCGGGACGGACAGGAGAAAGACGGCGCGAGGAUAGGCAGGAAGAUACGUUGCUGGCGCAAGAGCGACGCGAGAGGCGACGGUCGAGGGAAAUACGACUGUGAAUACGAAAUUAGACAGCCAAGACGAUGAACACCCGGCCUGUCCGACCCAAGAAAAAGCACCUGGACCAUAGUGUACAGAAAAAGCAAUAUGGCGCAUGAGAAUGGGGUGAGGUAUACAUGCAGU